AUGUCUCUCUCGCAAACAGCACUUCGGCCUGUCUGGUUUCUUCUUCCCCCUUACUGUCUUCUCGUUUCGCUCAUCUAUACUUAUGGGCCUUCUCGCAAACCCAGCGAGGUGUAUCUAUCUAUCUAUCUAUCUAUCUCAGUCUCUCAUUAUCUAUCUAUCUACCUAUCCAUCUAUCUCAGCCUCUCAAUAUCUAUCUACAUGUCUGUUCAUGAUCUAUCUAUCGGAGUAUUUUCCUAUCUAUCUAUCUAUCUAUCUAUCUAUCUAUCUAUCUAUCUAUCUCAGUCUCUCAAUAUCUAUCUAUCUAUCUAUCUAUCUAUCUAUCUAUCUAUCUAUCUAUCUCAGUCUCUCAAUAUCUAUCUAUCUAUCUAUCUAUCUAUCUAUCUAUCUAUCUAUCUAUCUAUCUCAGCCUCUCAAUAUCUAUAUACAUGUCUGUUCAUGAUCUAUCUAUCUAUCUAUCUAUCUAUCUAUCUAUCUAUCUAUCUAUCUAUCUAUCUAUCUCAGCCUGUCAACAUUUAUCUAAAAGUAGUUUUUUUCCAUUUCUUUCUUCCUAAACUUCUAAUUUCCCUCUCUCGUACUGUUUGCCUCUCUUCUUUCUUUAUUUUCUUUCUUUUAACCAUUUAUGAUUUCCUUUUCUCUCUCGGCCUCACUUCUCUCAUUUGUCUGUUUCUUUCUUUUUCUUUACUUCUUCUUUUUAACAUUUCAGUUAAUCUUUCUUUCGAUCCUUCUUUCUCUGCCUUUCCCCCACUCUAUCUAUCUAUCUAUCUAUCUAUCUAUCUAUCUAUCUAUCUAUCUAUCUAUCUAUUUGCUCUCUUUUCUCUCUCUCUUUUCUCUCUCUCUUUUCUCUCUAUUUUUUUGAAUUUCUCAAUGACAAUUUAUAUUUUCCUAUCUUUCUUUCUUUCUUUCUUUCUUUCUUUCUUUCUUUCUUUCUUUCUUUCUUUCUUUCUUAACUCUCAUUCUCUCCUUUCUAUCACUUUGUCGUUUUCUUUGCUCUCCCUUUAA